AAGCUCAGGUAAGCAAGCGCAGCGCACACAGGCUUGUCGGCCGGCCGCCGGAGCCUAGAGUUCACCGCGCCUCGACUAAGCAAGGCCAAGGCAUGGGCUUUUCAAAAUCAGCCAGGGGCAGAGCAUGAGCAGGGAUGGGUCAAUUUCGAAGUUCAUUUAUAAGCAACCAUACAAAAAGUACCACUCCGGAGUAAAUCAUAAGAAGUUCAAAAGACAUUCCUUACCUAGAAUUCAUCAAAAUGGUAGAUGAUGAUUGUAAAAUGGUAAUUUUCAAAGAAUAUAAACGUCUUCUUGAGAUCGAAUUCCCCAAAAACAUUAUUCGACAUUUAACUGCAGAGGGCGUGAAUUCCAAAAUGGCGCUGUCCAUGUCUCCAAAAUGUUCGCAUCAAAAUGGGAUCAUCACUAGGCUGUAACUACAUAAUUGUGGUAAAAGGAAGGUCAGAUGAGUACUUUUCAAUACCAUUAAAAUUACCCAGGCCUAUAUCCUUUCCUGCCAUGUCUUGUUGACCGACAGCUGAAGCUAAGUGAAGAGAAUUCGACCAGCGAAGAAGGAACUACGCAACGCAACGCGGAACGGGUACCUGGGUACAGCCAUUCGUCGUGAUCGUGCCCGGCGCUAGCCCGGUGAUUAAUAGUUUGUGAUCCGCUGACAGAUGCGCGCAACCCUGCGGCCAAAUUCAACCGCGAAUCUAUCAAUCAUCGUACUGUCAUUGAAGAUGUCAGGGCUAUGCGCCUUCACUCCUGCAAGGAAGAUGGCAGCAUUAAGAGCAGCAGGGACAGUUCACCACUAUCCGAGAUACUACAGACUUGCAACCCAGCUUUCUUCCAAACAUUUCUUGAGAUGCUCCUCUCUGGAUGAUCAGAAGCCUAUUGCGAAAGUCCACACCAGUCCAAACACAUCUGCUGGAUUACUGCGACCUGGACAGAGCAGAGAAUUCUUGCCAGCCGGCGAAGUACGGAAGAUGUUUCUGGAUUAUUUUCAAGGGCCGAAUGAUCAUGUGUUUGUGCCGUCUUCUUCGGUGAUUCCCUAUGGUGAUCCUACACUGCUGUUUACCAAUGCAGGAAUGAAUCAGUUCAAGGACAUAUUUCAAGGAACCAUCCGUCCUGAUAUGGUUCAGAACUGCUACCGUCGUGUAGUCAACAGUCAGAAGUGUAUCAGGGUUGGAGGCAAGCACAAUGAUCUGGAUGAUGUGGGCAAGGACAUUACACAUCACACCUUCUUUGAGAUGCUUGGAAAUUGGUCUUUUGGAGAUUUCUUCAAGAAAGAAGCAUGCACCAUGGCCCUGGAUCUGCUAACCAGUGUAUACAGACUACCCAUUGAGAAUCUCUACUUCACCUACUUCAAGGGACACAAUGAGCUACAGCUAGAAGCUGAUGAGGCAACAAGACAAAUAUGGUUAGAUUUAGGAGUUCCUAAGGAUAGAGUCAUUCCCUUUGGCCUGGCAGAUAACUUCUGGGAGAUGGGUGCUGUUGGUCCGUGUGGACCUUGUACCGAGAUUCACUUUGAUCGUCAUGGCAACAGAAAUUCAUCACACCUUGUCAACUCUGGUGACCCUGAUGUACUAGAGAUUUGGAAUCUCGUGUUCAUGCAGUUUUACAGAAAUGAAGCAGGAAGUCUUUACAAUCUUCCCAAACAUCAUGUCGACACAGGGAUGGGACUAGAAAGACUGGUAUCCAUCCUUCAAGGAGUGCCUUCCAGUUAUGAUACAGACUUAUUCCAGCCUCUUAUUAAGACAUUGGAAGAGACCUGUCCUGUAAGACCAUACCAGGGUCUAUUUGGAGAGAAGGACCAAGACCAUAUUGACACAGCCUAUAGAGCAGUAGCAGACCAUGUUAGGAUGCUUACAGUGGCCAUCGCAGACGGAUGUAGACCAGACUCUCAGAAACGUGGGUACGUGAUAAAGAGAGUGAUCAGAAGAGCAGUACGGUAUGCUACAGAGAAACUUCAGGCUUCAUCUGGUAUUCUAGGCAGUCUCGUUCCUCUGGUUGUUAACUCUCUGGGGAACACCUUUCCUGAAUUGGAAGAGAAUCCUGGGUAUAUUGCUGAUGUACUGAAUAGGGAAGAGGAGCAGUUCUUAAUAACUCUGAGGAAAGGAGAGAAAUAUCUCAAGAAAACAAUAAUAGAACUCGGCGCACAUAAAGUAUUACCAGGUGACGCUGCUUGGAAGAUGUAUGAUGCCUAUGGGUUUCCUCUUGAUCUAACGACCCUGAUAGCCAACGAGAAUGGACUUGGUGUGGACAUAGAGGGCUUUGAAAAGUCUAGAAUGGAGUCAAAAGAGAUCACAUCAAAAGGAGGGAUCAAGAAUGAGCAGCUGCUAUCAAACAUCAAGCUAGAGACAACAGACAUUAAUUAUCUGCAUGAACAGUCUGUUAAGGACACAGAUGACUCCUAUAAAUACAAUUACCAGCAUCUAAAACAUGGAAAAUACACUUUCCCUCUUAUUCACUCUCACAUCCUUGCCUUGAAGACACCUGAAGGUUUUGUUGAAAGCAUCCAAAGUGGUCAAGAAUGUGGUAUUAUCUUGGAUAGGACCACCUUCUAUGCUGAGCAGGGUGGUCAACAGUGGGAUCAAGGAUCCUUUGUAUCGGCUCACGAUGAAGAGCUGAUGUUUUCUGUUUACGAUGUGCAAUCUUACGGCGGUUACAUUCUUCACCUAGGGACUACAGCUGAAGCAGUUUCUGUCGGUGAUCAUGUGACAUUAUAUGUAAAUGAGGAUAGAAGAGAGAAACUGAUGAGGAACCACACAGCGACCCACAUCUUGAACUUUGCCCUUCGACAGGUCCUGGGUCAUGUUGAACAGAAGGGGUCAAUGGUGGCGCCAGACAGGUUCAGAUUUGAUUUCAAUGCUGAGAAAUCAAUCUCAGACAGAAAGCUACAACAGAUAUCCAGCAUUGCCAACAACCUCAUCUCUGAAUCCCUACCUGUCCAUCGUGAGUCUAUCCCUCUUCAGAAAGCCCUUUGUAUAGAGGGUCUUCGGACAAUGACUGGUGAGACAUACCCUGAUCCUGUCACAGUGGUCAGUAUUAGUCAUCAUGAUGGUCGAUUGAAUGGGGACAUGAAUGCGCUUGGUAUGGAGACAUCACUAGAGCUCUGCGGUGGAACGCAUGUCCAGAACACUGGUCACAUCCGUAGAUUGGUCAUUGUAUCUGAGAAGCUGGUCAGUAAGGGUGUGAGAAGACUGACCGUAGUGACCAGUAAUGAUGUCAUGUUAGCUGACUAUACCUCCAACAAGUUUCUGCAGAGACUCGGCCAGCUUGAGACAGAGAUUCACAAUGUAUCGACUUCAAAUAAUCCAGAGUCCAGAGACAGUGUGAUGGAAUCUUUAGAAACCUUUGUACAGGAUGUUGAAGGGGCUCAUAUAGAUCUAUGGAAGAAGAGAGAGAUGAACAGACGAGUUGCUGAUAUGCAGAAUAAACUUAAGAAAGCAGAAAAACUCAACAAGAGAUCAGUCAUUAAACAGGUUUCUGAGAGACUAAAUGAAGAGUUCAGACUUGGUGAUAAGAAUCCGUUAUGUGUGAUAGGAAUGGCAGGGAAUAGUAUUGAUAACAAGGUGCUUUUGAAAAUACAACAAUCAUUAGAAGACGACUUUGGUUCUACUCCCAUCAUGCUUUUCAGUACUGACAAGGAGAAGGCUUAUUGCAUCUGCAGAGUGCCUCAGGAGUUUGUUUCGAGGGGAUUACAUGCCAGCCAGUGGAUGGACUUUGUGAUGAGUGAGAUGGAGGGGAAGGGCUUCGGCUCAGAGACCUUUGCUAGGGGGCGUGGCUUAGCAUCAUAUAGCUUGGAAGAGUGCAAGGAGAAAGCAAGACAAUAUGUAGUUCAGAGACUUGAAGAAGAUACGUAGCAUUUCAUACACAGGAAAUAUCAAGUAAGAGCUAUCUGUUAAUGUCAUAUUGAAGUAUAUGGUCAUGAAAGGUAUGCCGAUACUAGCCAGAUGUGUGCUUUUGUUGCAGCUUGACACAUAUAAGUAUAUGCUAUCUUGUAUAUCACUGUCCUUGAGUUUCAAUAGACUACUUGAACAGUAUAUGUGUUAGUCUUUACUCGAUGGCUUUUUAAAUUUUCACACAAAACAAACAUUCAUUGUGUGGAAAGGCAAGUUGAUGAGUUUAUAAUAACCAAUUUUAAAAGAAAUAUUUAUUGUAAACAUUGAACAAGGUGGCAACACCCAACAAUGCUGUAUGAAAAUUAAAUCUGCAGUGUGCAAGACGCAAUGUGCAAUAGCCCACAGAAUUUUGAAGCUUUUUUGCUUGUCAAACUGGUCGGCUUUUCUCCAAUCAAAAGGUCCAAGCAAAUUUAAUUCAAUUUGAACUCAAAACCUGCCAGUCACCAGACUGUUGCACUAUUGCUGAACCACUUGUGCAUGCUCCUUGAUAGAAUAUAUGUAUUCAUGUACAGUAUACAUGUAGAAAAAAGUUGCAGACAGGUAAAUUUCUUUUUCCAGUUUAUGUAACAAAUAGUGGAAAUGGUUGCUAUAGGAAUCAUGGUUUAGAUGAGAUAUCUCUUAAAAUAUAAACCUGUCGGGUAGUUUUUGUACAAUAUAUUCCCAAUUUUAUGAGGUAUGUACUCUAUGGAAAAAAAAGUUAUAAAUAUUGUGCAAGAGCCAUUGAUACUUGAAGAUAUUUAUCUAUUUAUAGGCCUAUGAAUUUGAAAGGGUCUCUAUAUUUCAGCAUUUGUAAAUGAGAAUUUCUAAGAAGUGACCUUUUUAUUGCCAAAUAGGUCUUCAAAAAUUAUUCAACUGUUUAAAUGCCGAUAAGUGUUCAAUUGAAAGCUGGUCUACACUUACACUUCAUUAUGAGAAAGAAUUAAGUACUAUUGAAAUGCGAAAAUUCACAACUUUCAUAAAUACUAUGAAAAUAUUUAACUGUAUCUUUAUUUGAUUGUAGUCAAGUCAAUUUCUACAUUGCAUGCAUAAAAAACAUUUGACAUGAGCACUGUUUUUCAAUCCUUAUCCAAAGAUUUUCAAAUAUCACAAGUCAUGAGACGAAAUAUCCAGGUCACAAAAUCAAGAACUAUCUUUAUUUCUGGCCAUAAAAGGUAGGUUCUUUAAUCUCAUUUCAAAGUAAUUUCUAACUAUAGCUCCAAAGAAAGCUUUUGCCAGUGACAUCGGUCAAGAGAUUCAUUUUGCAUUAGUUGUUCAAUGUUCACAAAUUAUUGAUAGAGCGGAAAAGGAUACGUAUACAUUGGUCUUGAGAGUAAUUUUGCCCCCAAAUGUCCAAAAUAGCCCUUAUAAAUUUCUAAAUUACAAUUCAAUACACAAUUAAAUUUGGAAUGUAAAGGAUUAAAAAUUCCCCCAUACUGACAUUCCCCCCUACAAUGAAUAUGAUAUAAUCAUGUUGGAAGUUGGAGCAGAUUGUAAAAUCCUUGAGUAUGAAGAAUUGAUAUUGGCCAUGUGCUAAUUAACACAGUAAUUAUUUUACUGCAGGCUGAAAGAAAAAUGCUAAAAAAUAUGUGACUCUCAAUUAAGAAAGAUUACAGAAAUACAAAGGUUUAAAUUGCAAAUAAAUUGUAAGAAAUUGAUAACAAAAUACAUAAAAUACAAAAUUUCUUUUAAUAAAUUGAGAAUAUUUGAGAUUGUUUAUACCACAAAUUAGUCCAAUCAAAUCACUAUUUUGUUAUUUAAAGCACAAAAGUCUGAUUUCAUUCAGAGAUGAGUACGAUUGAUAUUAAUGCAGUGACUUAAAAAAGCGACAUGAUUUUGAGAUUACACCCAGGGAAAAGAGUAUUCCAAGUUCAUUAUGAUUGCACAGUCAAUGACAGACAUUCCAUCUGCCUCUAGGCUAUACAUCAUACAUGUAGGAAAAAAUAAAUAAAACAGGCUUCUCAAAACAAUUUACACUCAGAUUUGGUUUUAAACGAUGCUCACCUGAUUCAGGUGACUCUUUACUAAUUUAGCUCAUGUACUUAAUCAGUAUAUACUUGGUUUUAUUGUUAACCCUCUCCCAUUAAUAAAAUAUGAACAAAUAAAAACAUAUAUAUCCUACGAUAAUAAAAAGCCUGUAUAUAAACAUGUGCUAUGCAAUAUAUUGUAUCUGAAUUAAUACCGUAGUUCUUUUUUUAAUAGGUUAUUAAUUGGUUUUCCAAAUGAGUUACCAUAGAAAUACAGUCAUAUUAAUUAUGAAAAUAAAUUAGUAGUAACAAUUUAAAUGAGUAACACUUCAAGCUACAGAAUUCAUUUGAUGGUCUUAUAACAUUUGUUGGUAGUUCGUGGUAUUAACUGUUUACAUUCAGUUGUUAUGAAACUGAGGUAAGGUGUAAUAUACAAACUCAUACUUGAUAUAUUGCCUUUAAUGAUGACAAUAAUGUCAAUAACUUAUGUGUACAUUUGUAUCACCUGUCUGUAUGUACAUACAUGAAAACAAUUAUGUUUAUAAAUUAUGCUUAUGAAGCAAAUAAAUUAACUAAGUACCAAAUUAUCAUUUCUCCUUGGUUUUAAUUAUGUUUGUGGAUUAAAGUUAUUAGCAAAUGGCAAUUUGUAUACUUCUUUCAUAUAAUGUGAGCAAACCUGGAAUUUAACUUGGUAUCCGUCCUGUCUGAAUUUCAUUUUAUUUAAGGAUUUAAACAAAAUUUUGUGAAGGCCUAUAUACAUCACAUAAUCAGUUCUGCAAAACACGUAAUAUGAUGCCAAAUGCAUGUUUUAAAGUGGUCUCUCUGCAACUGAUAAUAACAUUGAUAACUGAUAGACAUUAAAAGAUAAAUUCUUUUUUAAACACAGAAUUGAAUCAAUUGAAAUCUGUAAUUGAUAUGGUUAAAAUAAUUUGUCAAUCAUGAUUGAAAUGAAAACCCUUUUAAACCAUAGAUUUAUUUUACAAAUUAUAGUUCAAACCCCCUCGUAUUCCAAACUCUGUACACUUAUUUGGUGAGAGGUCCAUUGAGAAUCUGGCUUUGUGCUGAUAAGUAUACAGAUAUUAUCAUUCUAUUAUACUGAUGUCAUUGAAAAAGAUUUCCUUCUUUGAAUUAAACAAAAAGAAUUUAUGAUUAUUCAUUA